AAAUUUCGUGACAUUAAGAUGUCAAAUGUAGAAUUACUAGGAUACAUGAUAUGUUAAUGGAUUUAAUGUCUUUUAAUGAAUAGAUUCCCGUUGGAAUUAUAAAUCAAUUAUAGAUUCAAUUCGUACUGCGUUUAUUAUUUUUAUCAUUUUGGUUCGCUGUAAAAGAUCGUUUAAGCGAUUUAAAUCAUAGAUGGAAUUAGCCGUGAUGACCAACGAAAUGAAGGAAAUUUGUGCCAAAGUGUUUGCGGUUAUUGACGUCAAAGGGCGCGGAAGUAUACCACGUGACCAAAUACCACUCGCACUGCGCAUGCUGAACCAUAAUCCAAUCGACAGUGAGGUUGAACGUUUACUCGUGGAUACUAACACUGAGCUCAAUUACGACGAGUUUUACCAGCUGGUAACGGGGCGGAUGCGGCUGCCAAGUCCGGAAGAACAGAGGCAAGAACUUCGGGGAGCCCUUGCCGUCUUUGACAUCGAAAAUACAGGGGCGAUUGACAAGGAUGUGUUUGUUGCCAUACUGACACAGCUUGGAAACAUGAAAAUUGGAGAGCGGGAGGCGGCCUCGUGGGUCGAGCUUCUAGACAGACACAGAGACGGACGUCUUCGGAUAGCAGAGUUGGAAGAGCUGUUUGUCUGUGAAGAUGACGUUAAGGCGACGUUAAACGGAAACCAGACGUGGGAGCUUGUAUGAAGAUACUAUUGGGCGAGGUGUUUCUAAUUAAACUAUUCUACUUGGUUACUUGACUUUGCAUUUACGGCUAUUUAGAAUGUAGUGUCCAAGAACACGCGGGACUUUUUUGUUUAAUUAAUGAUAAAUGAACAUAGUGGUUCGUCUCCCAUGCAAGGAAAUAAUCAAUAAAAUGAACCACAAAAAGAAGUCGUACAAGUCUGCAAUAUUCAGAAUUACAAGUUUAACUGGUGCUCUGUAGUCGUGAUUUGCUACUUGCAUUUUAUUUUUCUUCAUGUUUGAUCCCUUUGACAACAUGAACUUUGAAAGUAGAUAUGUUUUAAAUGAAAUCGAUUUUGAUUUUAAUUAAUGAAAGUAAUAUUCUUGCAUGUUACUUUAUUCAAUAAACAGUGAAAAACAACGUUA